AUUUGUACUUUAAUUUUAUAAUAAUCAUAUGGUGUCAACUAAAGUAGUACCGUAAUAUUAAAAUAGCUAGUGACAAAACGAUAUUUUUACAAUAAAAGUGAAUUUUUAAUUAAGAAAAUGUUUUCUGCAAUUAAUCGAAAUGUUUCAAAAAUUACACAACCAUUAUAUUUAUCACGAUUUCAAAGUACUUUGGUAGUCGUUGAACACAAUAAUAAAAAUGUGGCAGCUAUUACACAGAAUGCUCUUGGAGCUGCUAAGCAACUUGGUGGUGAUGUAUCAGUAUUAGUUGCUGGAACUGGAUGUGGCCCCGUUGCUGAAAUUUUAACUAAGACUAAAGGAGUAUCGCGUGUUCUUGUGGCUGAUAGUGAUGCAUUCACUGGAUUCGUCGCAGAAAGUUUAACUCCAUUAUUAGUUGCCACCCAAAAACAAUUUAAUUUUACUCAUAUUGUGGCUGGCGCUAGUGCUUUUGGUAAAGCUUUAUUACCAAGAGUUGCCGCUAAAUUAGAUGUUUCGCCAAUAUCUGAAAUCAUUCAAGUUAAAUCACCUGAUACAUUUUUACGUACAAUUUACGCGGGUAACGCACUUCAAACAAUUAAAGCCAAAGAUCCAAUAAAAGUUAUAACUGUACGUGCUACAGCUUUUCCUGCUGAGCCACUUGAAGGUGGUUCAGCUAAAACUGAACCAGCUCCAGCUGGAGAUUAUACAAAUAGUUUAACUAAAUUUGUGGGACAAGAAUUAAGUAAAUCAGAUCGUCCAGAAUUAACUAGUGCUAAAGUAGUUAUUAGUGGAGGAAGAGGUAUGAAAUCUGGAGAUAACUUCAAAAUGCUGUAUGAAUUAGCUGAUAAAUUGGACGCUGCUGUUGGUGCUUCUCGAGCAGCUGUUGAUGCUGGAUUUGUUCCAAAUGAUUUACAAAUCGGCCAAACUGGAAAAAUCGUUGCACCCGAUCUAUACAUCGCGGUAGGUAUUUCAGGUGCUAUCCAACAUUUAGCUGGAAUGAAAGAUAGUAAAACUAUUGUUGCUAUAAAUAAAGAUCCGGAAGCACCUAUUUUCCAAGUAGCCGAUUGUGGCCUUGUAGCUGAUUUAUUCAAAGCUGUGCCUGAACUCAAUCAAAAAAUAUAAAUUUUAUUUUAGCAUGUUUUAUUUUAUUUUUUU